GCUCGCUCUCUGAGACACCGGAAGCAAUCGUCGGUUUUGGUGACGCUGCAUUAGACUGCAAGACAUGGACCGGUCUAGGCUGUUCGAGUUGUUCCUCCUCAGCCUGGCUCUCUUCAGAGCUCAGGCGCUCACACCGGCGCACCACCUCUCCCUGCCCGAUGUGGCCCGACUGCAGAACGUCUUGAGCCAACAGUUCACCGACCUGGAGUCCGCGUACUACUCCGUUGUUGGCCUGAGCAAACUUGGAGCGUCUGUGCCCGAUCACAAAGAGGUAUGCCAGUUCCUCAAAUCCCAGCUUGAUCCCACUAGUGUUGACUCUAUCUUCUUUGCUGCUGAGACCAGUCAGGCCAUUUCAGGAUGUGAGAUCCCUGUGUCCAAUGAAACCCGUGACAUCCUCCUGGCAGCAGUUAGCGAAGACUCGACCAUGACGCAGAUUCAUCGAGCUGUGAGCGCUCUCAGCUCUCUGGGACUUCCUCUGGCGUCUCAGGAGGUUGUAGGUGCCCUGACUGCUCGCAUCAACAAAGAGGACAACGUUAUGGCUAUCACCUUAGCUCUGCAAACAGCAGCUCGCCUCUCCCAGCAGGCAGAAUUUGGAGGAAUACUGGAGGAAAUUGAGGAUCUGACAGCUCGUUUGGAUGAUCUUGGUGGCAUCUACCUCCAGUUUGAAGAGGGACUUGAAGCAACUGCCAUGUUUGUGACUGCUGCUUAUGCCCUGUCUGAUCAUGUGGACAUGGAGCCCCCUCUCAAAGAGGACCAGGUCAUCCAGCUGGUGAAUUCCAUCUUCAGCAAGAAGUCUUGGGACUCACUGUCUGAGGCCUUCAGUGUGGCAAGUGCCGCUGCUGCUCUCUCCAGUAACCGCUUCCACGUGCCGGUCAUUGUCAGUGCUCAGGGCCCUGCCACAGUGUCCCACAGCCAGCCAACCCUGCAGCUCCUCGUUACUGAUGUCAUGUCUCAACCUCUGGCCUCAGCCAAUGUGCUGGUGGAGUCUGCGUAUGCUGUGGCCUCCAAGAGCAUCAUACUAAGCCAAGCACCCUUCACACUUAAUGAUGGCGUCUUUGAACUGAACUUCAUGUCCAAGCAGCCCGCCAGUGGAUAUUACCAGUUUACCAUUGCAGUGGCUGGGGAUAGCCGACUGGUUGCCAAUCAUGUUGAGCUUAAAGUAAAGGUGUCGACUGAGGUGGCUGUUACUAACAUGGACCUCUCUGUGGUGGAUAAGGACCAGAGCAUCGGCACAAAGACCACCAGAGUGGACUAUCCCUCCAAAGCCAAGAGCUCCUUCACUGCAGACAGCCACCAGAACUUUGCCAUGUCCUUCCAGCUGGUUGAUGUCAACACUGGAGUGGAGCUUACCCCUCACCAGACUUUUGUCCGGCUGCACAAUCAGAAAACUGGCCAAGAGGUUGUGUUUGUGGCUGAACCCGACAGCAAGAAUCUCUACAAGUUUGAGUUGGACACAGCAGAGCGGAAAUCAGAGUUUGACUCCAUCUCCGGGACCUAUUCCCUCUACCUCAUUGUUGGGGACGCAACCUUGGAGAAUCCCAUCUUGUGGAAUGUGGCCGAUGUUGUUCUGAAGUUUGUGGAUGAAGAGGCUCCAGCUACCAUUCAGCCCAAGACCCUUUAUGUUCCCAAACCAGAGAUCCAGCACUUAUUCAGGGAGCCAGAGAAGAAGCCUCCCACUGUGGUCUCCAACACCUUCACUGCUCUCAUCCUGUCUCCCUUCCUGCUCCUGCUCAUCCUGUGGUUUAAGCUCGGAGCCAACAUCUCCAACUUCAGCUUCUCUCCCAGCACCAUUCUGUUCCAUGUAGGACAUGCAGCCAUGCUGGGCCUGAUGUACGUCUACUGGACCCACCUGAACAUGUUCCAGACUCUCAAGUACCUGGCGAUUAUUGGCGGUGUAACCUUCCUCGCCGGGAACCGCAUGCUGGCCCAGAAAGCAGUGAAGAGAAUUGAGAAAAAAUAAGGGCAAGAAAAAUUAAAAGAAGACACUGACGAAGCUCAUUUUUUGUUUCCAAGGAGUCAUUCAGCAAAAUCAGACUUUAAACACGGCAUGGCAGUUCAAGAGUACGAUCAACAGUUUAAACAUGCAGUUUGUCUGUUGCCAAAAGGAAGAAAUUGAGACAUCACUGCGUCUCUGGGGACAAAACGCUCAGUGACAGAUUCUCCCUCUGAGGGCUGUAAAGCUACUGAUCAUUGCACUUCAUCUUCCUGUGAGAUUUGUUUUUCUUAUUGUCCGACAUGCCAGUGUUUUCUAAGUGAGCUGGGAUUUUUAUUUGUGGUUUCUUGAUGGAAUUUGGGUUCAUUUGUGUUUUUUUUUUUGUACAUUCCUCUUUGUUCUAUUGCUCAGUGCUUGUUUCACCUCCUAUCUGAAGAUUUAAGUCGACACGUUUCAGCUGAUAAAACAGCGCUGGCAGUGGCACUGACACUUGGAUCGUUACUAACUCUGCCACUGUGUUUGCCUGUUUGGUGCAUCGGGUGUGUAGGAGGAGCAGCAGGCUCACAUUUGAUACAGAGUUUACGUCCCCCACAAAAAUUGUUAAUAGUAAAAUCUGGGCAAUUUGAUGAUGUUUUUGUAAUGAAGAGGAGGAAAUAAAGAAAUUGAGGUGAA